CGGAUAUGAAAUCUUUCGUGUAAAAGUUACUCAUUGCAAAGGUCUAGUACUUUGCUCAGCGAAAAGGGAGUCGUUCUUCCUCUUGUCAUUCCUGUAUCGUUCGCUCAUUGGGGCGAGAUCGCGCCCAUGAUAUCCUCCGCAUCGUCAAGGCCCUUUUUAAAAAUGGCAAAGCCAAAUCUACUGCUGUGCUUUGAUGCAUUCGGCACAUUAUUCAGCCCCAAAGGCGCAGUCGCCCAGCAAUACGCUGAAGUGGCUCGACAAUGCGGCAUCACCGGGUUUAGCGACAAUGAGCUUUCAUCUCGGUUAUUGGCAGCCAUCAAAGAGGAAAGGGAGCAGAACCCCAAUUACGGCAAAGCAACUGGACUGGGCGCUACAAAGUGGUGGACAAAUGUGAUUCACAAGACAUUUACGCCUCUCAUCCCUAGCGACGAGGCUCUCCCCCUUACUCUGGUGCCGAGGCUGAUGCACCGGUUCUCUUCAAGCGAAGGCUACGAAGCUCAGCGCGAUCUUGUCCCUGCGUUAAGGGCACUGCGACAGCAGAAAUCGCUGCAUGGCUUCGACAAGGUUGUCAUUGGAGUAGUCACCAAUUCCGACGACCGGGUUCCAAGCAUCCUUUCUUCCUUUGGGCUCAAUCAAUAUGACAUUGACUUUCAUUGUAUGUCAUACGAUGUUGGUGUUGAGAAGCCGGACACACGGAUUUUCAAUGCCGCUGAGCUCAUGCUGUCUCGAAUCAUCACCACUCGACACGGAGAGACUCCUUCUGAAGCCGACUUGCAGAGCUGGCAGAAAGUGUAUGUCGGUGAUGAAUACGCCAAGGAUGUCGUCGGCUCAACCGAUGCAGGGUGGAAUCCUGUGCUACUCGAUGUUGAGGGGGCUUCUACUCAAGUGGCUAGCCUAGAAGAUUGUCCACCGCAGGCUCUCCAAGAUCUUUUCAAAGAACAUGCCGUUGUAAGGGUGCGCUCGAUACGAGAACUAGCCGCAUGGCUCACUGGGGCAGAAUGGGGAGCAAAAUAGAAGGUCGCAGGUAUACAUCAAUCGGAUCCCUACUCACAUAGUACAGUCACUACCUUCAUGGAUGGCAUCACAAUGCCCUGCAAGGAAGUAAUUUACACGGCAAUAGAAUCCGGAUGCC